AUGGCGGCAUUGUCUUUCCGGGACUUAUACGAUCGCAUCCUCGCGUUACCGAUUCUUCGCCAUCGUCUUUUUCGCUCGCUCGUCCCACAUUCGUCGCUAGCAAAGGAAACGGAGAGCUUCAAGGCAUUGAUCACGGACGCUGACUUCCACCCCCAGGUCAACGUUCCCAAGACCCGCCGAACCUACUGCAAGGGCAAGGACUGCAAGAAGCACACCCAGCACAAGGUCACCCAGUACAAGGCUGGCAAGGCUUCGCUGUUCGCGCAGGGUAAGCGUCGUUAUGACCGCAAGCAAUCCGGUUACGGAGGUCAGACCAAGCCCGUCUUCCACAAGAGGGCGAAGACCACCAAGAAGGUCGUUCUCCGUCUAGAGUGCACACAGUGCAAGACCAAGGCACAGCUCGCCCUCAAGCGAUGCAAGCACUUCGAGCUUGGUGGUGACAAGAAGACCAAGGGUGCCGCUCUCGUCUUCUAA